GUAUUUAGGUCAAACACAUUUGACCAGGUUGCAUCUGGUCAAAUAGGUACGGAGCGAGCUCAGUGACUAUAAAUACGCGCUGAUCGAUCAGUCGGGCAGCUUCUCCGCUUGCACUUGCCACAAUGGAUAUUUCAGUACUGCGGCUCUACCUGCUUAUCGUGUCCGUUUUGCUCCUUUUCUUGGUGCCCACUGCCGAGUCCACCGUUCUCCUGUGGGCCUGCUUAUAUCGGCUGGAAAUCUGUCCCUUUAGGACCACUACAGUCGCUGGCUAAUAAUCGGGAUGAAAGCAACUGAAUUGUAUUUCCGAUAAGCCUAGACGGUCAAAAUAUCCUAAGUCAAAAUUUGCAAAGCCAAAAAUAAAUAGAAAAGCCUCCUUAUAAUUCCAAUUCGUUGACUGCUGCCCUCACCCCUUUACGUUC